UUGGUAGUAGAAGUGUUGCUGAUAGGAAAAUUAUUAGAAGUGGUGCUGAUAAGAGAAUUAUUGGAAGUGUUUCCGAUGGAAGCGUUAUUAGAAUCGUUAAUAGGAGUGUUAUUAGAAGCGUUAUUCGAAGUGAUAUUAGGAGUAGUAUUCGAAGCGUUAUUAGAAGCGUUGUUAAGAAG